CGCGCAGCCAGCCAGACUGACGACAAUUAGUUUUUUUUCUGUUAACAAAAUGGCCUUUUUACAGUGGAGGAGGUUUAAUUUCUUUGACAAGGAUGUUGUGAAGUACCCUGACAGCACAGAGAUCUUUGCAAAGCUGAAGGACAUUGACAUCACGGCAUGUGCAAGUGGGCGUGGCCAGGUUACCCUGGGUGACUCGGAAGGCAACCUGCUGUUCUUGGACCGGAACUUGGAUCUGGAUGGUUUUAAGGCUUAUGAACUGAGAGUGACCCAUAUCCACCAACUCAAGCAACAUAAUAUCAUCUUCACUAUAGGGCAAGAUGAAGCUGGGAUCAACCCUGUCAUUAAAGUCUGGAAUCUAGACAAGCGUGAUAAGUCCAACAACCCAUCAUGUAGCAGGAUAACUCGAGCUUUGCCUGGCAGUAAUGCAACGGCCAACGUGACGGCAAUAGCAGUCAGCGAGAAUCUGAACAUGAUGGCCAUUGGCUUUCAAGAUGGGACUGUGACACUCUUCAAGGGUGAUGUGACCAGGGAUAGACACAGCAAGUCGCCAAAGGUUGUUCAUAAGGGUCGUACACAGGUGACCGGUUUGGCUUUCAGGCACACUCAACGCAGUAACGUUCUCUUCGUCUCAACGGAAGAUGCCGUCAUUGCGUGUCACAUUGGCACCAAAGAUGUUCGUACAGAAACUUUGGAUCACCAUGGUUGUUCAUCUCACUGUGCUGUCAUGAGCGAUGCAACUCAAGACCAUCAGUUUGUUAUUGGCAGAAAUGAUGCCGUGUACUUCUAUCAGCCCGAUGGGCGUGGCCCAUGCCUUGCCUUUGAGGGGCGUAAAACCAUACUCCAUUGGUUCAGGGGAUAUCUGGUGGUGGUAACAAAGGAUAGUAAGACAAUACCAAGACAGAUUGCUGGAGAGGGCCUUGCAAGGAUGAUGGACACGGUGACUGUCUAUGACAUCCAGAAUAAGUUCAUAGCAUAUUCUGCUCCAGUCCCGGAAGUACUGGACAUUAUCCAAGAGUGGGGCUCCCUCUAUGUCCUUGGAGGAGACAGGAAACUGUAUCAACUCCAAGAGAAAGACACUCAAACUAAACUGGAGAUGCUGUUUAAGAAGAACCUGUAUGUCAUGGCCAUCAAUCUUGCCAGGAGUCAGCAUUAUGACUAUGAUGGAUUGAUCGAUAUAUUUACCCAAUAUGGAGAUCAUUUGUACAGCAAGGGAGACCAUGAUGGGGCCAUAGCACAGUACAAGAAGACCAUCGGUAGAUUGGAACCUUCGUAUGUCAUUAGGAAGUUCCUUGAUGCCCAGCGGAUACACAACCUGACGGCCUAUCUUCAAGAGCUCCACAAGCAAUCCAUAGCGAAUGAAGAUCACACAACUCUCCUGCUCAAUUGCUAUACCAAACUCAAAGAUACCAAUAAGCUUGAUGAAUUCAUCAUGACAAAGGACAAAGAUGUUGACUUUGAUGUGGAAACAGCUAUGAAGGUAUGCAGGCAGGCCGGGUACUUCAAGCACGCCCUUUUCUUGGCCGAGAAGCACAAGCAGCAUGACUGGUAUCUCAAGGUACAACUAGAAGACAUCAAGGAUUACCAGAAGGCACUGAACUACAUCAGCACAUUAGAGUUCUAUGAGGCAAUGGAUAACAUUAAGAAGUAUGGUAAGAUCCUGAUGACUGAGGUACCCAAAGAAGCCACUGAUUUCCUUAAGGUCUUGUGCACAGACUACAAACCAGCAGACAGGCCCCUAGUGGACCCCUCCACUCUGUCAGGGGGGAUGCCGCCUCCUAUCCAGAGGGCCUCUGUUGAGGAGUUCAUCCAUAUCUUUGUCAACAACUCAGCGCAGCUCAUGGAAUUUCUAGAGCAUAUGAUCAAGGUCCAGACAGAGUCUUCCAGUCAGAUCUACAACACUCUCCUUGAGCUCUAUCUCCACGACAUGGCCCACGAAACAGAAAAGCGCCCUCGGUUGGAGCUCGAGAAGAAGGCCAUGGCAUUGCUGCAGACAGGAGAAACCAGAUACGACAUAGACCAGGCUCUUGUACUUUGUCAGAUGCACAGUUUCCAGAAGGGAAUUCUUUAUCUCUAUGAAAAGGCUCAACUCUAUCAACAGAUACUCCAUUUCUACAUGGAACAUGACAGCUAUGAUAAGAUUAUUCAGACGUGCAAAUCCUAUGGGAACAAAGAUCCCAACCUGUGGGUACAGGCCCUCUCUUAUUUUGCCGCCAAGGAAGAGAACUGCAAGCCGUUCAUUGUUGAAGUCCUCUCCCAAAUUGACCGAAGGAAUCUGCUGCCCCCUCUCUUGGUCAUCCAGACGCUUGCCCACAAUUCCACGGCUACGCUGUCGGUCAUCAAAGAUUAUAUUGUGAGAAGACUGCAGCAGGAGAACGAUCAGAUUGCCGAUGACGAGAGAUUGAUCAAACAAUACAGAGAAGAGACCAAGAAGAUGAAGAGCCAGAUUGAAGAAAUGAAAACAAGUGCUAAGAUGUUUCAGGUAUCUAAGUGUAGUGUGUGCAAUCAUCCGUUGGAGUUGCCCUCGGUUCAUUUCCUCUGUCAACAUUCCUACCAUCAACAUUGUUUUGAGAGUUAUGCAGAGAAUGAGCAGGAGUGUCCUGCUUGUCUGCCUGAGAAUCGCAAAGUACUAGACAUUAUUAAGGCUCAAGAACAGAGUAAAGACCUUCAUGAACAAUUCCAUCGACAGCUGGAAAAGUCCCAAGAUGGAUUCUCAGUUGUAGCAGAUUAUUUCGGCAGAGGAGUUUUCAAUAAGGUCACCCUCCUCACAGACUCCUUUAGUCCUGCUAAGACGACAACCUCAAAUCAAAGGUCACAACCGAGCCAGCCAGCAAGACCACCAGCCCAGCAAGCCCAGCCAAUCAGGUCUGCAGCCACGCAAGCCCGACCAACCCCUAGUGCAAUUUCCAGUGCCCCUAGACCACAGGGAGGUAUACCUACCCAACAACCAGCCAAGACCCAGGUUUCCAGGCCCCCGACCUCAUCCACGCCAAGCUCCCGCCAACAGGCUCCCCCGCAGAGACCCGCCACGCCCCCAACAAAAAGAACCCCGCCCGCUUUCCAACAGGCUCCACCAACGAGGUCCACGCCACCUCCAACACAAGCAAUGGCAAGCAAGCCCAUCAGACCUGCCGAUCCCCCGAAGAGGGUACAAACCCCUCCCCAGCAGAGCCAAACCCGCAGCACCCCGCCCGCCAAAGAAUACAACCCGUUUGACGAACCCGAUGAACCGUCGAUAUCUACAUCCCAGCAAGGGCGGAGUACAGCUCUCCCCGCUGCCAUGAUGAGGCGGGGCCAGGCCAGCGGUAAAGGUUCGGGCCAGUCAUCCCCUGCAGAGUACAAUCCAUUUACCAAUCCAGAUGGCCAACUGAGCAGGGGUUCGCCAUCAUCCACCGGAGGACAGCAAGCUGCUCCCCGCAGGGCGCCUACUCCUCCUAAUCCAUUUGAGGAGGAACCUAGCUCGACUGGAAAGAAUCCAUUUGAAGACGAUAUGAUAGAUGACGAGGAUAAGAAUAAUCCUUUUUUUAACUGAAAUUCUUCAAAUCGCACCGGUACAAAACGGAAAUGAACUCAUAGACAUUGCCAGUUGCUCAAUGUUGUAUUUAUCAUUGAUAUUAUGCUUGAUCUUGUUAUAUUUUACUGCAAUUUUGGUGAAAUGUGAUAUACAAUGCCUAAUCAGUGUUUUUUUUUGGUUUUGACAAUGCUAUUUUUUACCUUACUUGAGAUGAGAAUAAACUCAGAAUGUAUGGUAUUGGGUUAAUUAUAAGCCAUAAUAAUGAUUAUAAUUAUGUUCAGGUACUAAGUACUUGUUAAUUCAUUUUGUUGAUAUUAUCAAUAUUUCAACAAUUGGUCUCUGGCAAUGUAGCAUUUAUUAAAUAUAACAUUCCUUUAUGUGCUUGGAAAUACUUGUUUCUUUAUCAAUUCUCGCGUUACAUGUAUUUAUUUUUUGUUUUGUUUAUUGCUUCAAGAGGUAAUGAUUGCUAUAUUCUAUCAUAAAGUUGAAAAAUAUUGUAUUCUAAUCCUCACCAGUGUGUUUGCAGUAAGUUCCAAAUAGGAGAUUGGUCUGUUUCUGCGCAUAUCGUAGAUUAUCAUAUUGAAUGCACUUACUAUUUCUUUAACAGAUACAUUGUAUCUGUAAAUAGUCCAAAAUGCAAAUUCUUAUUCAGAUUGUCAACUACCAGUUCUGUCGAAUUUUAGUUUUGGAUAAGACAUUCCUCAGCUUUGUUUGCAGGUAUUUUAUAUGCCCGUCCUAGACGGUACGUAUUAUGGUAUCACGCUUGGUGUCCAUCUGUCUGUCUGUUUCCUCCAUCUGUACGUCCGUCUUUCUGUCUGUCCGUCCGUUAACUUCCUUGUAAAUGCAAUAACUUCAUUUUGACUCAACCUAGGCUCAUAUAAUUUGGUGUGUAUGAUACUAGCAUGGAUCCCAAGCAGCCUAUCGAUUUUGAAGGUCAAAAGGUCACAGUGACAUGCUUUCAUUUUACCCUUCUGAAGUCCUUGUAAACUUGAUAACUUCAGUUAUAACUUGAUAAUUUAAGCUAGGCUCAAAUAAUUUUCCAGUUUCUCCUAUAAUGGUUCUUUUCCGUAUCAAAUAGAAUGCCAGUAGCUCCUUUAAAGGCUUGACUCUACAACUGAAGAAGCAUUAUACACCAUCAAUUGUGCAAUGAAAUGUAUGUAUAUUUGAAGAUACAAUCUUUGGGAAAGUGUCAGUGUACAACAUUGCACUUUUGCAGCUGUAAAGUAUUCUGUACUAUUCAGGUGCAAUUCUGGGGGCAAACAAGUAUAAAAGGCUUCCUAAUGAUCAAAUCAUAAUUGUGUUUUAUUUACCCUGGCUAACAACUUCAGUUAUAAAAACUGCUCUACUAGCAGGCC